AUGGUGAGCAUUGAGAAAAAGUGUGAUUUCCUCCCGAAGCGCAUCAUUUUGGUGCGGCACGGAGAGAGCCUUGUGAACGAGGACGAGAGUGUCCUCCAACACAUUCCCAACCACAAGAUCAAGUUGAGCCAAACGGGCCGCUCACAGGCCCGAAUAACGGCCUCUAAGAUCCUCGACAUGAUUAUAUCACCAGGAGGCAGUAGUCUCCUGCUUUUCUACGUGUCCCCUUCAUCCCGCACCAGGGAAACUGCUCAAGAGAUAGCCUCGCGAGUAGUCCCCAAAGAGAGAGUGGUUGGAGUGCGUGAAGAGUGUCGGUUGAGGGAACAACAUUUCGGCAACUUCCAAGAUUUAGAGGAGAGGAGGAAGAUCAAAAGCACUCGCAAUACCUACGGCAAGUUCUUCUACCGAGUCCCUCAAGGAGAGUCCAGCUUCAUUGAAGGGCUAUGGAGGGACAUGGAGGUCAAUAAACUCAAAUGCGAUGAAGAGCUUAACUUGGUUGUGGUGUCACAUGGACUAACUAUUCUCCUAUUUCUCAUGAAAUGGUUCAACUGGACUGUUAAUGAGUUUGAGGCCUUAGCAAACCCCUCUAACUGUGAGUGCAGAGUCCUGGAACUUGGACAUAACGGGGAAUAUAGCCUCGCUAUUCAUCACAAACCCGAGGAGCUCAAACAAUGGGGACUCUCCCAAGAAAUGAUUCACGAUCAGAUGAUUCGUGCUUCCAAAUUUUAUGAAUCGUAUUAA